UUUUUCUGUUGAAAUGAUGUAAUUGGUGAAUUUUUCAGAUAUUUAAAAUAGAUUCAAUCGUUUACGUCAGCGUUAUAGUCUUUGAUAUUUAAGGAACGCACCUACGCAGUUGGUGAUCGCUGUUGCGCGAGCGAAGAAAAUGGCUUCGUGGAAUUCGUUUGAACUCGAAGUUGUGUACGAGGCUCUGGGUUGGUUCGCUUUCGUUUCCUGGUCCAUCAGUUUCUACCCUCAAGUCAUCUUGAAUUUUCGCAGGAGGAGUGUGGUUGGGCUCAACUUCGAUUUCGUGCUACUGAAUCUGACCAAGCACAGUACCUAUCUCAUAUACAACGCUUCUCUCUACUUCAGCUCUGCUAUUCAGAAGCAAUACUUCGAUAAAUACGGUUAUGGACAGAUGAUACCUGUGGCUGCAAAUGAUGUUGCUUUCUCCAUCCAUGCUGUUCUACUGACGGCAAUCACGUUGUUCCAGAUUGCAAUCUAUGAACGUGGGAGUCAGAAAGUGUCCAAAGUUUCUAUUGGAAUUGUCUCUGUUGCUUGGCUUAUUGCAGCAGUUUGUUUCUUUAUUGCUUUGUCAAAUCAUUCCUGGCUUUGGCUUAUCUCCAUAUUCAACACAAUUCAAGUAACUAUGACUGUUAUAAAGUACAUUCCUCAGGCAGUUAUGAACUUCCUGAGAAAAAGUACUGAUGGCUUCAGCAUUGGUAACAUUCUACUUGAUCUUUCUGGAGGAGUAGCAAACUAUGGACAGAUGGUUGUGCAAUCAAUAGAUCAAAAUUCAUGGGUCAACUUCUACGGGAAUAUAGGAAAAGUGUUACUAUCUCUGGUGUCUGUAUUCUUCGACAUUAUCUUCAUUAUUCAACAUUAUAUUCUUUAUGCUGGAAACAAAUCCUCCAAAUCGGAUACCACUACGGAGCAUGAAGAUCAAAUCAGAGAGCACCUUGUCAGACCUUCUGAUCAAUCACCACCAGAGAAUGCGUAAGAUACGAUUUGCUUCAUUAUGUAUAUUAAACUUCCUACUUGUUGAUAUUUGUGUCGAAAUCAAAUUAGGAUGUUUUUAUUGUCCCAUACAUUAGGUACACUAUAUUACUGGGAACUUCAAUAAGCAGUGUAAAAGCUUUAAGAAUUAUUGUCGUGUAUUCUUUUAUACUACUUUGUAUCAUAAAGUUACAUAUGAUCAA